AUGCGGCCUUUCGCCCGACUGCAAACCACCGUUUUGUCACCUUGGCUCAUUACGGCACGACGAGGCGCCUGGCGAGCUCGGCGGCGUUUGCCCCACAUCUGGUUCCGUGCAAGCCCAGAUCCUGCAUCUGCUUGUCGCGAGGCCCUCGUUGCUCAUUUACCGACGUUACUGACUCAAGUCCACUCCCGAGGCCCCGUCGACGCACCGUGGUACAACACUCAAUACGCACCACGACCGACUGUAUCGAGUGAGCGGCUACCGGCUUUGCCCCAGAUCCAGUCGGGUGCCAAUCCGUCGUCGAAUUCUUCCUCGCCUCGGGGUGGAUCCAUCAGUUCUGUCUCUGCCAUCAACAGCAGCGCGAGCUCCCAUACGUCUUACUCGUCAUCGGUGAACGGAAAUCACUCAGGCUUCAAGACUCCCUCACCCGAGCAGACUCCCCAGACGCUUGGGCGCGAUCCUCACUCGUUGAAUGGGCAAUCGCAGGAGUCGCCCUACGCCCAGCAGCAUCCAUCAUCCGGCUACGGUUACGCCGCCGAUUCAUACACCAACAUGAACCAAAUGCAGUCCUACGCUGAUGUCCAGCAACAUCACAUGCCCAACCCUGGGCAUGCGACGUCGUCUGGCCCUCCGUCUACAAUCGGCCAUUACGCAUCGUACCAGCAGCCUCCAUACUUGCAGCCUGGUCCGACCAACCCGAUGGUGCAAGGCUACUCGUACCAAAGCUCAUAUGCCAACGGCAUGCCUCCAACACCCUCCACAGCGACGAUGAACAACUCACUUGUCCCGGCGUCGUUACCGCUUCCAGCAAUGUCCGCCGGUGGUCCUGGUUCAUCCGUACCCGGCCAACAAGGAUACCCGCCUACCCACCAAUUCGACACAACGGGCCAAGUCGCACCACCUGGCAUGAAGCCGCGAGUGACUGCAACACUCUGGGAAGAUGAGGGUAGCUUGUGUUUCCAGGUCGAGGCUAAGGGCGUUUGCGUGGCGCGCCGAGAAGACAACCAUUUCAUCAACGGAACGAAGCUUCUGAACGUCGCUGGGAUGACGAGAGGUCGGCGUGAUGGCAUUCUGAAGAGCGAGAAGACGAGGCACGUGGUGAAGAUCGGGCCCAUGCACCUGAAAGGUGUUUGGAUCCCUUUCGAGCGUGCUUUGGACUUCGCCAACAAGGAGAAAAUAACCGAGCAGCUUUAUCCUCUCUUCGUGCAUGACAUCGGCGCUCUUCUCUAUCAUCCUACUAACCAAAGAGGUUCUGUGGGAACUGGAAAUGCGAUGGCCGCGCUCGAUCGUCGUCGGCCUGAAGGCCAACAACGUUACAUCGGCGCUCCGACGACAGCUUCACAAGCUCCGCCGCUGCAUCAUCAUCACUCUCUGAGCAAUCCGUCGAUUCCGACUCAGAUCCAGCAGUCGCCGCACUCCAUUGCUCCCCACCCUUCAUCAGGCCGCCCAUCGAUUGAUAGGGCUCACACGUUCCCGACACCCCCCACGAGCGCAUCGAGCAUCAUCGGCAUGGGCAACUCCAGCAACUCCUACGAGUGGGGUAACCCCGGUGUGUCGAACAUGCAAGGGAACCAACCCUUGUCGAUAGACACUGGACUGAGCAACACACGUUCGGUCCCGACCACUCCCGCUAGCACUCCCCCUGGAACGAUGCAGACCAUGCAGCAGUAUCAGACAACACAAGGCUACGACGGUUCUCGACCGAUGUACAGUGCCCCUCCGAACCAGCAAAGCCAAUACGCUGCGCAGAACAUUUCUCGCUACCCUCAGCCGGUCCAGUCGAACCCUUACCCCAAGAGCGAGAUGGCGCCUCCCGUACGUGCAGCUGGCGAUCCGGUACAACAAGCAGACGUGAAGCCAACGGAGGGUCUUCUGAGUCAGGCGCCGGACCAAGUGGCUGGUGAUGACGAAGCUGAUCCGGAUCACGAUAACGAGUACACUCACACAAGUGCUCCGUACGGCAACCGUGCACCAUAUGGCUAUCCGGGCUCGACGGCUCCUGGCGCCAUUCGCGGAGAUCACGUCUCCCAGGACAUGACAGGCUCUCCCCACCAGAACGGUUCGGGUAGAGCCACGCCGCGCACCACUAACACUGGCCCCACCCAGUGGACCAGCGGAUAUGCCACUCCUGGGCAAACAAAACUGCCGUCAAGCAACCUGUACAGUGUCAUCAGUGACACCCGAAGCACCGCCAAUGGCAACGGGCCAGAUGGUUAUCCGGCGCCCAAUGCCAUGCAGACAGGCUAUCCAAGUCAAUUCAGCCCCGCCAACGGUCUCCCGGGUAAGCGCGUCCGCGAGCUCGAUGAUGAUGAGACGGACUAUGGUCGUCCGGCGAGCCGUGAUGCAAACGGCAACGACAUGGAGAGUCUGAAGCGAAGGAAAACCUUGACCGAGUCGACCAUGGGUGGUGCGGUUGGAGGACCCGUUCCUGGCGGUCUUCAACGCGCCAAGACCACGCUUGCUCAACAUGGACGGCGGUAA